AUGGCGCAGAACGUGGUCUACGCUGACCUGAAGUUUGCUGCAGGCCCCUCGCCCACUGCAACACCCUGCCCCACAGAUUCUGAUGAGAAUGACAGCCCCUACGAGAAUGUGCCAGUGGGGUCAGUGCCCAUGGCACCCAGCCCAGGGCGCUGGCUCCGGUGCUGUCGUGUGCCCAGGGGGCUGCUGGCAGCCACCCUGCUGCUCUUGCUGGUGGCCACCGUGGCCCUGGGGGCUUGCUAUUGGCAGGUGACUCGCAGGCUGCAGGACACCUCCGACAAGCACGCUGCCGAGCUGGGCCACCUCUCACAGGAGCUGAGCACGCGGGAGCAGAGCCUGGAGCAGGCACAGUUGGAACUGUCAUGGGCCAGAGCAGAGCUGCAGCGAGCGUGGCAGGAGGGCAACGGCAGCCAGCUGGAGCUGAGCAAACAGGAUGCCAAGCUUGAGCAUGCCAGGCAAGAGCUGGCUGUGCUGGAGAGGCAGCUCAGGACCAGUGAGAGCACUGUGAGCAGCCUGCGUGCCUGUGUGAAUACAGACUGCUGCCCCUCGGGAUGGGUGCUCUACAGGAGCAAGUGCCUCUUUGUCUCACUGGAGAGGAAGUCCUGGUGGGACAGCUGCGAUGACUGCAGAAAGAAAUCCGCUCAGCUGCUGAUCCAAGGCGACUGGCCAUCGUGGACAGUGCCGUAUUUUGUGCAGGCAGUAGGUGCCAUAUACUGGACUGGACAGCGCAGUAACUACCGUACUUGCACUGCAAUACACUCUGGGAACAUAAUCUACCACUACUGCAUUUCCCUUUUUCCAUGGAUCUGCGAGAAGCCCCCAAAUCUGAGCAACUCAGCUGAGACCCCCUCUCCUUUUCCGGCCAAGGGAUGA